UCAAUCGUACAACAAACGUCUCUAGGCAAAGUUUGAAGUCUAAUAGAGAAUGGCUUCUUCGAAUUCGGAUUUUUAUACAGUGGAAGUGGGUGACACAAAUUUUACGGUGCCUCUGCGUUAUCAGAAUCUCAUGCCUAUUGGCACUGGAGCCCAGGGUGUGGUUUGCUCAGCACUGGAUGCCAGAACCAAAAGAGAUGUGGCCAUCAAAAAGUUGGCCAAACCCUUUCAAAAUGUCAUUCAUGCCAAGAGGGCCUUUCGCGAAUUGAAGCUUAUGAAGGUGGUCAAUCACAAAAAUAUCAUUGGCCUCAUCGAUGUGUUCACUCCAAAUCAAAGCCUGCCCGAGUUUGAGGAAGUCUAUCUGGUUAUGGAACUCAUGGAUGCCAAUUUGUGUGCCAUUGUCAAUAUGGGCCUGGAUCAUGAUCGCCUGUCCUAUCUCAUCUACCAAAUGUUGUGUGGCAUACGCCACUUACACUCGGCGGGGAUUAUACAUCGCGAUUUGAAGCCCUCCAACAUUGUGGUCAAGGCCAAUUGUCAGCUAAAGAUUCUGGAUUUCGGCCUGGCCCGAACCAAUUGUGGCCCCAAACUCAUGAUGACCCCCUAUGUGGUCACACGCUACUACAGAGCUCCGGAGGUUAUUUUGGGCAUGCGUUAUCAGGAGAAUGUUGAUAUCUGGUCGGUGGGCUGCAUAAUGGGUGAGUUGAUACGCGGCAGUGUUUUGUUUCGUGGCAACGAUCACAUUGACCAAUGGAAUAAAAUCAUUGAACAAAUUGGCACCCCCCCCAAGGAGUUCUUUCAGGACCUCAUGCCAAGUGUUCGACAAUAUGUCGAAGGUUUGGCCCGAGUUGAGGGCUAUCCCAUAGAUCGCUUAUUUCCCGAUGCUCUUUUUCAACGUAAUGAGGAAGUCUACGAUGAGGAGAAGCAAAUGAAGUCGGAUGAGGCAAGAGAUUUGUUGGCCCGCAUGCUAACCAUUGAUCCGAAAAAUCGCAUAUCCGUCGAGGAGGCUCUUAGGCAUAGCUACAUCAGUACUUGGUACGAGGAGGAAGAGGCCAAUGGCCCCAAACCUCAAACCUAUGAUCAUAGUCUUGAUGAGGCCGAACACACUAUGGACGAGUGGAAGGAAAUGAUUUUUGCCGAAGUCAUGGAGUCAUCAACACAAAGGUAGAACUAAGCUUCCGGAAUAAUUUUAAACAAAUGAUCUCUAAUAAAAAAAAAAAAAAAAAUAUGAAUGUAAAUGUGAAUGAUAAAAAAUUUUUAUAUAUUGGGUUGCCCAAAAAGUAAUUGCGGAUUUUUUAA